GCAAUAAGAAGAUCCCCCACCGCUCUCCUCCUCUCCCCAUUCUCUUCUUCUUCUCUCCAAGAAUCGGAGCGAACCUUCCGGCUAGGGUUAGGGUCUGGACUCCUUCCCCGCGUCUUCCUUCCGUCCGUUUUCGUUUUCUAACUCGACCUCGGCCUCGGUUGAUUUCUAGUGUGGUUCUUGGAUCGGAAUUGUAUGGGACUGGGCGCGGCGGCGGUGGAGAUGAAGGAGGCGGGGUGGAGGAGGGGCUUCUUGAUCGCUUUAUGAUCGGGGUGGCCGGAGGCGUUGUCGCUCGCGUUGUCGUCUCGAGGGCGGGGAUUUGCAUGAGGGAUCGGAUCGAUCGGCUUCCGUGUUUAUGUUAUCCGGAGAAUUGGAGGAAGCCGGGGUGGGACUGCGGGUUGGUGAUCCGGAGCAGGGGUAGGUGGGGCAAAUGUGGCUGAUUUCUUCGUAAAUAUUUUGUUUUCUAGUGAGUUUUGAGUCCGAUUUGAGUAGCUAUUUUUAAAGAAGAAAGGAAGGUAGCGGAAAGAGGGAAAAAAGAAGAGGGAAAGGCUGGAUCUUGGAUCGUUCGAUUUGGAGAUUUGUUAAGAAAUGCAGCAAGAUCAGAGAAAGAAGACUUCAUCAGAGAUGGACUUUUUCAGUGAAUAUGGUGAUGCCAAUAGAUACAAAAUUCAGGAGGUCGUUGGUAAAGGAAGCUAUGGAGUUGUGUGUUCGGCAAUUGACACACAUACUGGAGAAAAAGUGGCAAUCAAGAAGAUACAUGAUAUCUUUGAGCACAUAUCUGAUGCUGCACGGAUUCUCCGUGAGAUUAAACUUCUCAGGCUUCUAAGGCAUCCUGACAUUGUAGAGAUCAAGCACAUCUUGCUGCCUCCAUCAAGAAGGGAUUUCAAAGAUAUUUAUGUUGUUUUUGAGCUCAUGGAGUCAGAUCUUCAUCAAGUCAUCAAGGCUAAUGACGACCUGACAAAAGAACAUUAUCAGUUUUUUCUUUAUCAGCUGCUCCGUGCUUUGAAAUAUAUCCAUACAGCUAAUGUUUAUCAUCGUGAUUUAAAGCCAAAGAACAUUUUAGCAAAUGCUAAUUGCAAACUCAAAAUUUGUGAUUUUGGAUUAGCAAGAGUUGCAUUCAGUGAUACCCCCACAACAAUAUUUUGGACGGAUUAUGUUGCAACCAGAUGGUACAGAGCUCCUGAGCUAUGUGGGUCAUUCUUUUCUAAGUACACUCCUGCUAUUGAUAUUUGGAGCAUAGGUUGCAUUUUUGCUGAGGUCCUAACAGGGAAGCCUCUAUUUCCUGGUAAGAAUGUGGUUCAUCAGUUGGAUUUGAUGACUGAUCUUCUUGGAACACCUUCCUUGGAUACGAUAUCUCGGGUCCGAAAUGAGAAGGCAAGAAGAUACUUGAGCACUAUGAGGAAAAAACAGCCCGUACCAUUUUCACAGAAGUUUCCAAAUGCAGAUCCUUUAGCACUUAAACUUUUGGAAAGGCUUUUAGCUUUUGAUCCCAAGGACCGGCCAACUGCUGAAGAGGCAUUGUCUGAUCCAUACUUCAAAGGCCUGGCUAAAGUAGAGAGAGAACCAUCUUGCCAACCAAUCACAAAGAUGGAGUUUGAGUUUGAGCGUCGAAGAGUGACCAAAGAAGACAUUAGGGAACUUAUCUUCCGUGAGAUAUUGGAAUAUCAUCCGCAAUUGCUCAAGGACUAUGUUAGUGGAACAGAGAGGACAACCUUCCUCUAUCCUAGGUUUUACUUUUGCCAAUCCUUUCUUUUCCUCCCUCGCUUUCAUCCUAUAUUCUGGUUUUCACUGUAUGUAUUUUACAUUUGCAACUGUGGUAAUAUUAUCUGUCUGCUUCUGUUAUGCAGUGCCGUCGAUCAAUUCAGGAAGCAAUUUGCUCACCUUGAGGAAAAUGGUGGUAAAAGCGGGCCAGUGAUUCCAAUAGAUAGAAAGCAUGCAUCUCUCCCUAGGUCUACAGUGGUUCAUUCUACUCCAAUUCCUCCCAAGGAACAAGCCAAUAUGGAUUUAUAUAGAAACAGGCAGACCUCAGAUGAGGGAUGUAAGAAUCCUCGAGACACAGAAAGGUGGUCGGGAAAUAUGUCAAAGACUUCACAGGCACCUCAAAGGAUUCCAACUUGUAGGCCAGGAAAGGUUGUUGGGCCGGUAAUGCCUUACGAGAAUGGAAGUCUUAAGGAUGCCUAUGACCCAAGAAGGCUGAUAAGGAAUCCUGUGCUUCCGCCGCAUCCUGCCAUUCCUCCAGCUUACUGUUUCCAUAGGACCACAGACAAGUUUGAGAACUCCGACACAGGCACAGCAGAGGUGGAGAGGGAGGAAUAUAUACAGCAGCACAAACCACCUCAACAGUUCAUUCCCGGCAAGAUGGCGCCAGACAUAGCUCUUGAUAUGAGGGCUUCACCCUUCUUUCUUUCAGGGGGGACCAGGGCUGAUCCAGCUGACAGAAUCACGAUGGAGGCAAACUUGCUGCAGGCAAAAUCCCCCUUCAAUGGGAUUGCUGCUGCUGCUGCUGCUCACAGGAAGGUUGGUGCUGUUCAAUUCGGCAUGUCAAGGAUGUAUUAGGCACACAUCAACAAUAUGCCAUGAUCAUUGUACCAUAUCUGUUUCCACGUAUAGUAAACUUCAAGUCAAAAAGAGGAAGGUAAAGAAAAGGCUCAGGAGAAGAUAAGAAAUUUAACAGGAAGGGUAGGUGAAACGCAGACGAAGCAGCUGUUGUCAGGGGAAGUGGGCAUUCUCUGUUGUUCUGUAAUGUUGGGAAUGCUUUUUCGCCUCGUGCAAGUGUGAUUCCUGUGAAACUAUCAACUUACAGGAGAAAAGGGGGUUUUCAUUAAUUUUAUUAUGAUCUACCUACUGUCUGCACACUUGUUGGGACGGCCCUCAGGAAGUUUCCAAUGUGAGGAAGUGUUGCAAUGUGAGCCGGUGGAUCCGCCUCCAUGGGCAAAAAUGCCUUGCAAAAGGAGAAAUUUAAUGGUUACUUUUUUUAAGAGUACGCUAAGUUUUGCUGUAGUAGAACUGCCAAUGGAGUACCUUUCUGUUCGAUCGUACAUUUCCAACUAUUUCAAAAUUUUAGAGCUUUUCUGAUCUGGUUCUCUGGACCUGGAAUAUGCUUUUGUGGGAAAGGACAAUGACUAUAGCUUAAUUGAUGAUGCUGCUCUGUUGCACAUGGAAGAAAGAUCCUGAAGCAGUGGUUCUCAACAGAAAAUUGGGUAGCCUUUGACUGCACUAGCCAUGCGAUGAUCAGGCCCAUUGAAUCCUUAGUGAUACGAGGUUAUGAUCACAUGUGGUGUCUAUAGGUAUUUCCUUGUACAAAGCCUCUAAUAAGACCCAUUAUACGAGGUUACCGUCAUGAUAUGUAUGCUACUAUUUAAGAGGAAUAAAGAAACCAGGGAAACAGAGAACAUGAUUCCUUUCUAGCA